CUUUUAUUAAAAAAAAAAGAACAAUAGAUAAAAAAAAAUUAAAAAAGAGAAAACUUUUGAAAUAGAGAAGUUGUCUGUUUGUGUGGAGCGUCAAAGUUGAAAAAAAGCGACAGCCUCAAGCGCAUAAAUCAUCCACCCGCUCCUUCCUUCUUCUCUGGCACAAACACGCUCCUCCCACUUUCUUCUUCUUCUUCUUCUCUUUCUCUCUGUAGCUCGAGUAAUGUUCUUCGAUCUUCGCGCGCUCUGAAGUGUGUGUGUAAUCAUCAUCUCAUCUCUAAGAGUGAUUUUGAGAAGGAGCCUGAAUAAACAAAUGGACGGUCGAGGAGGUUGGCCAUGGAAGAGAAAGUCUUCCGACAAAGUCACGGCCGAGAAACCAGUGGUUGGAAACGAGUCAACUAAUGUUUGUUCUUUGUCCUACCUAGCAUCUCUGGAGAAUCAGGAGAAGUGUAAGAACACAAACUAUGUUCAGAUAACUAUGGAUUCAUACACGCAUUUGAGUAGAAUGGAGGAUCAGGUCAAAUUGUUUGAGGGUGAAGUUAAGGAUCUUAAAGAAAAACUCACUUUUGCACACUCAGAGAUCAAGACUAAAGAAUGUUUGAUUCUUCAACAUGCCAAAGUCGCUGAAGAAGCUGUUUCAGGAUGGGAGAAAGCUGAUUCAGAAACUUUGGCACUCAAACGUCAACUUGAAACUGCUACACUCUUAAAGAUCACUGCAGAGGACCGGUCAUCGCAUUUGGAUGAUGCGCUGAAAGAGUGUACGAGGCAGAUAAGGAUUGUGAAAGAUGAGGGUGAUAAGAAGCUGCAAGAUGUGGUUCUUGCUAAAACCAGACACUGGGACAAGAUCAAAGCUGAUCUUGAAGGAAAGAUCGAUGAGUUGAACCAAGGGCUUCACCGGGCAGCUUCUGACAAUGCAGCACUCUCUAGAUCGUUGCAAGAUCGAUCAGAGAUGAUAGUAAGGAUCAGCGAGGAAAGGUCUAAAGCUGAAGCUGAUGUGGAAAAGCUAAAGGCUAAUAUUCAGUUGGCUGAGAAGGAAAUCAGUUCGCUGAAGUAUGAUGUUCACGUAGCUUCAAAAGAAGUAGAAAUCCGCAACGAAGAGAAAAACAUGAGCUUGAAGUCAGCGGAAAACGCAAACAAACAGCACCUCGAAGGAGUGAAGAAGAUUGCGAAACUUGAAGCAGAGUGUCAAAGGCUGAGAGGGCUUCUGCGGAAGAAGCUUCCUGGUCCUGCUGCUAUGGCUCAGAUUAAGCUAGAAGUUGAAAGCUUAGGGCCUGAAUUCACAGACCCUCGAGCACAGAGAAGCAUAGCUCAAAAUCCCAAUCACAACGCACACAAGCCAGAUCUUUCUGCUGAUUACAAGUGGGACGAGUGCAAGAGAGAGAAUGUUUGUCUCACGAGACGCUCAUUAGAAAUGGAGGAGGAGAUUCAGACACUUAAAGAACUUCUUGCUGCCCGUAACAAUGAGCUGCAGGUUUCAAGGAAUGUAUGCGGUAAGACUCUCGGAAAGCUUAAGAUUCUUGAAGGGCAGUUGCAUGUGUUUCACAAUGACAAGAACUCUCCAAAGUCAAAUAGCAGAGAUCUUUCUGAAAGUCUAUCAAGUGGUCAUGAUCAUAACUAUCCGCCUAGUGUCACCUCUGUAUCAGAAGAUGGAUUUGAUGAAGAAGGAAGUUCAACCUCAACAGAUUCUCAUAAAGUAAGAACAGUAAAUGUCGAUGGUUCCUCAAAGCCUAGGAUUUCUACUAGACUGGAGUUAAUGGAUGACUUCCUGAUGAUUGAGAAGUUAGCAGCCAAUGAUCCAGAUGGAGCAAACUCAGCUUCUAAAUCUUGCAACAGCUUUUGCAGUAGUAAAUCUGUAGGCAAACAAUACGCUAAUAAGUCCAGUGAGCAAGACGAUACAGCACUUGAUCAGCUUUUAACGUUUCUGCGUUCAAGAAUCAGUAGGGAGUUUGAAUCUCAAGAGGGCAUUAGCAUUGAGAAAAUCUUGGAAGCGGCGAGACUUUCGAUCCAAGAGAUGCAAGGAUCAUCACCCAAACAACUCUCAAGUCCUCUGUUUGAAGUUGCGGAUGAAACUCUGGAGAAACAUGUAUUGUCAUCUCAGGAUACCGGAAACAGCAAAAAUGUGCGGAAGAACACCACCGAACAAGAUUUGGAAGCAGCUGUUUCCAAUAUUCACCACUUCAUAAAAUCAACCACAAAGGAAGCAACACAACCUCUGGAGAUGAGUGAAAGCUUGGAGGGUUUCUAUUCGUUGGUUAGUAAAUAUUCAACCGGUGAAUCAAGCCUUUCUGACCUUAUUCUAGAACUCUCCCGAAUCUCAGUUUUAGCUAGCAAUCUGAACAAUGGUGCUUCGGUUCUCAAGAACCAUAGUAAAGAGACAUAUGUUGCAGAGAGCUACAACAAGGUUACAUUGCUAGAAAAAGUGGUUGAAGUUUCAGAUUCUGAUCCACUGGGAGACACAUUUGCUAAGGAAGAGGAUCACCUUCACGAGAUGGAUAAUUCAUCAUGUAAGAGCUUAUUGAAAGAGUUGGAACAGCUAAAGUUGGAGAAAGAAAACAUUGGCAUGGAAUUAUCAAGAUGCUUGCAGAAUCUUGAAAGUACAAAGGCUGGGUUGGAAGAAAAAGAGAAGCUCAUAUCAGAGCUGAAAUCGAAGCUUACUUCAUCGAGAGACCUUCAAAGCUCGGCAGAGACUCAGCUGAAAUGCGUGACCGAGUCAUACAAAUCGCUUGAACUCCACGCCAAAGAUCUAGAAGCUCAAGUGAAAAGUUUGGAAGAAGAGACAGAGAGACUUGAGAUAGCUUUCUCUAAGGAAAAGCGUGGCCAUGAGGAGACUCUAGCUAAAUGCAGAGACCUUCAAGAAGAAAUGCAAAGGAAUGAGACUUGCAGAAAAUGUUCAGAAUCCAAACACCAACCUAAUCAGGAGAAAGACAUAGCAUCUGCAACGGAAAAGCUUGCAGCUUGCCAAGAAACAAUUUACUUACUCAGCCAACAAUUACAAUCCUUGCAACCUCAGAGCAACCACAUUCCCAAAUCUCAAUCUCUUGAGAAGAAGCUUCAACAGCACAAAACCUCAGAAACAACGCCAAACUCUGCACUUGGUGAUCUUCCCCAUGAUCAUAUAAUUCAACAAUCUCAUUCUUUUAAACACACGGUGAAUCCAACGGUCCAUGCGAUCAUCAAGUCUAGCUCUGUUUCUUCAUCUUCUAAAGAAGAUAAUGAGAAGCAUACGCGCGGAUUAGGCCGUUUCUUCUCCUCUAAACCGAAGAACAAUGGACGUUAGAAAAACUAGGGGAUAACACACUCGUUAUCUUCUUGUUCGUUUGAUUUUCAUCUUCCUUCUUGAUAUGUGUAUAUGUCUAUAUGCGUUUUGAGUAUGUGAGAAGAGAACAGUUUUAGUGACGAUCACUCUUUGUCUAUUGUACUUACUCUACACAACACAAGACCUCUAAAAACUCGGUUUGAGUAUAAACUGAAAACUGAAUUAAACUGGACUAUAAGUCUAUAACCGAG